AUGUAUGUUAACAAAGUUUUGGAAAUAAAUAUCAAUGAUAUUAUUCACGAUAUUAACGUAUUUUAUAAAAAUAAUAAAAUAAAUGAUUCCUCAAGCCAACUUGAAAUAAUAAAUAAAAAAAAUAAUUUUUGUAAAAAAUCAAUAUCAAAAUAUGAUGAUACAUUUGUUAUACAUUUAGAAAAAGUUAUUUUGAUAUGCAUUCAACAACUGGAAAAAUGGAAUUUCUUCAAAUAUGAAAAUCCCUUAAUUGGCACCAAUAAAAUCGAUAAAUGUGUGUGUCUGUCCAAUUUAAACUUGAUCAUUUUGCAAAAAGCCAGUCAAAUAUUUGUAGAAGAAUUUCAAACAGUUUUUAUUAACAAUAAAAUAAAUGAGCUGAAGUUGCAAAGGCGAAAUAGCAUAUCAGUUCCAUCCAUUUUUUUUUUUGUUUUAGAAAAUUGUCUGUACAUUCUCGACAAAAAUGCCCAACUAUGGCAAAUGAAUGUCGAAGAUUGUCUAAACCCCUCUCCUCAAAUGGAAAUUGUGAAAACCUUUGAACUCCCCAAAAAUAUUAAUGAAAUAUAUUUCAAAAUUGAAAAAAAAAAAGAUUUCGUUAUUUCAUAUAUAAAUGAAAAAGAGAAAUGCAUCUAUAUAAUUAUAUACAAUAUAAAAACGAAUAUUUCAGAAAAAAAUAAAUUAUAUAUACCUGAUUAUAUAAAUUUUGAAAAGGGAAUAAAAAACAUUACAUCUGUAUCCCUAAAUCAAAACUAUUUUAUUAUAUUUUUUAAUUCAAAUGAAUUAUUUAUAUAUAAAAGAAAUAAAAAACAACAAAAUAAUACACACACUGAAAUAACAAAAUUUCAAAAUGAAGACAGUUAUAUAACUUGUAAUUUUCACAAAUUUUUAGGAGAAAAAGAAUGUAGUCGAAUCAAAUAUUUUAGUAAUAAAAGUUUACAAGAAAUCGAAAAAUAUACAUUAGAAUAUAUUAAUAAAAAAUCAGAAAUAUCAUCUAUAUCUAUAAAUGAUGAUAACAGUUUAUUUUUAAUUUAUAGUCCAAAUUUUUUAGAAAAAAAUACACAAAAUAAAUUAAAUAAUAAUAAAUAUACAUCUAUAUUUCAAACAUUUACAGAUGGAAUAUAUAAAUAUUAUCAAAAAUUAGAAAAUUAUUCUUUUUCAAAAAUAUAUGGUUCAGAUAAUAUCAAUUCUAAUAACUUAUUAUAUGAUAUACAUCAUAAUUUAUACAAAAAAAAUAAUAUGCAUGUAUCUUUAAUAAAUAUAGAUAAUAAUCCAAAAAAUAAUUUAAAUACAUUAUUAUAUAAAAAAUAUAUUUCGACAAAAAUAAAUCCAUUUUGUAAUGAUAUAAUUAACGAUAAUACACAUUUCAAUUAUGUUACACAUCUAUAUUAUGAUACAAUAAAAAAAAUAACAAAAAAAAUUAAUAAUUUAAAUGAAAAAAAAGAAUUAAAUGAUAGUGAAAAAAUUAAAGAACUUUUAAAAUAUAGUAAAUAUUUAAACAUUCAUGAAAUAAAUAAAAAUAAAAUAAAAACAAUAAAUAAAGAAUUUGAUAAUGAUAAUAAAAUAGAAAAAGAAUUUUUAUAUAUGACCUUUUUAAAAGAUUUAACAAACAAUAAAAAAUCUAAUUCUCCUUUAGAAUCUUAUAAUAAUAUAUAUUUAUGUAAAACUGAUAAAUAUUAUUUAAUUUUACAAAAUUCAGAACAAAACUAUAAUUUAAUAUUAUAUAAAAUUAAAUUUUUAAAUAAACAAGAAUUAUUAUUACAUCUAUUUUUUCAUAGUUAUUAUGAUGCAGUACUUGAAUCAGAAUCAUUUUUAUUCAAUAUACUUCAUCAAUUUUUUAUUUAUUCAAUUUAUGAUUAUAGUGGCAGAUAUUUGGAAUCUUCACUUCUCGAUUAUCAGUGCCUUUUCAAAAUACGAGACGUUUUCGAUUUCCUUGGGCGAGCAGUUAUAUAUGACCCGUUUUUAGUUCGAAAUAGUUCCGAGAAAAUUGAUAAAUUGUUAAGUUUAAAGGAUGAUGAAUAUAAUACUGGGCCACCAAUAUUAACUAAUAUGAACUAUGGAGAAGAAAAUACUAAUUAUGAUUAUUUUUUUUACACACUUUCAAAAAACAAUAAAAUAAAUCAUUAUUCUAAAUUCAUUAAUAAAUAUUACAUUAUUGAAAAAAUAAAUUUAACUCAAUCAGAUAUACAUAUCGAUAUUGAUAUUCAAUUAAAUAAAUUAAAAAAUGUUUUAUUUAGUGCACUUAGAUUAAUAUAUUAUAUAUUAAAAGAAAAUGAAAAUUAUGAUGAUAUUUUUUCUGACUGUUCAGGUAAAAAUGAACUAGAUGACCAUUUAUUUAUAAAUACUAUUACACAAAAUAAUUUGAAAACAUCAAAACAUCACAAAAAUCAAAAUGAUGUUGAAAAUUCAGAUCAAAAUACUGAACCCAACCAUCUUAUCAAUUCUGAUAAAAGCCCGAUUUGGAGCGAAAAUGAAGAAGAGGAAAAAAAUGAAGAAGAUGAAAAAAGUGAAGAAGAUAAAAAAAUGGAAUACUUAUUUGAUCUCGACUACAAAGCAUUUGAAUCAACUGUUGAAAUUAUAAAAUCAAAUGAAGAUAUGAAAAAUGUAUUGUUAAAAUAUAAAAUAGAACUAUUAAAACAAAUAUAUAAGUAUAAAGCAUUUAAAUAUUUAAUAAGAUUGCUAGAAACAGAAAGACAUAAUAAAAGUUGUUAUAUAAAUAAACCACAUCUAGAAAAUGAGAAACUUACCAAAUCUACAUCAAACAUUGCUAAUAACAAUAAAACUAAUUUUGCAGAUUUGUUAUCUAUGUUUAAAACGAGGGACCAACAUGGCAAAAAUGAAAAGCAUGGAAAAAAUGAACAAUGUGUUGGCCAUGCUUGUGAAGGAAAUGCUUCGGAUUCUAGCUACCCAUUUUCUGAACACGACAAUUUUCAUGAUGUAACAAAUUCUGAUAAAAAAAACACAAACAUCUAUCUUAUUAACUGGACUAAAUUUAAAUAUGAUUAUACCCCAUUUGAUAUUGUUAAAUAUUUUUUAAUAAAUAAGAAUUAUAUUUUAACUAAAAUUUUUUAUAAAUAUUUUAAAUCUUAUAUAAAUAAUAAUUGGCAACAUAUUUUUUAUUAUAUUCCACUAAACACUAAAAUUGAAGAUUUUUUUUUUCUUUUACCUCGUAUUAAAAAAGUGAAUAUAUUAUCAAACGAAUCGAAUAUUUUUGAAAAUUCUUUAUCUCAAAUAAAUUUGUCACAAAAACGUUUCAAUCAGAACCCUGAACCGUAUGAUGAAGAACCACAAGUAGAUUCUAAGAUGAAAUAUGAUGAAGAACCACAAGCAGAUUCUACAUCCAAACACAAACCCUUGCCAUUUGAAGAAAAAGAGUGUAAUAUAAAUAUGGAUCCAAAAAAUAUGUAUGAAAUAUAUUGUUCGGAAAAUGAAUUUUUUGAAUUUUUUAUAAUUAGAUGCAUGAAAAUAAUAACAGAAACACAUUUAAUUCGAAGUAGAUUAUUAAUGUUUGUUUAUAUUUCAGUUAAACUUAUUAAUAAAAAUAAUAUAUAUAAAAUAUUUAAUUAUGAUAAAAAAAAAAAAAAAUACACAUUUAAUUCUAACUAUUUUGACAAAUAUAUCAGCAAAUCGAAUAAUAAAAAAAAUGAAAAAAACACAUUCCCAAUAAAUUUCCAUGAUGGAAAAGAAGAAACUAGAGGUAAUGAUAUUGCAAUAGCUAAUCCGGUAAGCAAUAUAAAAACCAAUCUUCAAAAUAGCAACGCGAAUAAUGACAAUGUUGAUGAUGAAAAUGGUGAACAGACGAUUUUGCAAAAUCGAGAACCGUGGAAUGAUUCCAAUUUAUGUGAUGGAAAUUUUAUAAAAAAUAAAUUAAAAAUAUAUUUAAAAAAAGAUAAUAUUAAAAAUAAGAAUGUAAUACUAAUAUAUAGCCUUUUUAUUUUAAUUAAAAUGUAUUUGCAAUCUAAAGAAAAUUAUAAAAAUCUAAAAUUUGAAGAAUUUAUGUUAAUGAAUAUAUAUAAAAAGUUAUGUCUAACUAUUGAUUUUGAUAAAAAAUAUAUUUCAUAUAAAUAUGAUCAAGAGAAUGAUAACAUAAAUUUAUUUUAUAACAAAAUAAUAGAUGUAUUAUUUAAUUAUAAAUAUAUCAAUGCAUAUAUAAUGGAAUCAAAAAAAUAUUAUUAUUCAAUUUUUGAAGAUUAUAUAAUUGAGUUAUAUUUGAAAAAUCCAACAAAUAUUUUAGAAUCUAUUUAUUAUAAUAUAUUAUAUACAUCGGAACAAAUUUAUGUUAUUUUUUGUUUAACAACGUUAAAAAAAUUACAAUCAAAAUCUUUUAAUAAAUUGAUUAUUCACAUUGAUAAUAAAAAUCGUAUAUUUCCACAAAUUCCUUUGAAAAAAAUUGAGAAUGUUUCAAUAAAUAAUCUAAAUUAUAAUAAACAAAAAAAUAAAAAAAAUGCUAAAAUUGAUGAAAUUUAUAUUUUUUUAAAAUAUAUACAUUAUGCUUAUAGACACAAAAUAAUACUAAAUGAUAGUUACCAAUUUUGUUAUUUAUUUUUAAUCAUUUUUUAUAAAUAUAUUAAAACUAAUUUGAUUCAUUUUAUUUCAAUAUUUAAUGAUUUUUACAAUAUUUUCCCAAAAAAUGUAACAAUAAAACCACAACCAUAUUAUUUAAACACACAUCUAGAUGAAUCAUAUAAUGACAAAAACGAACCCAUUCCUACUUCUACACAUUUUGACAUCAAUUCGAUUUUUAAACAAAAUGAAAAUGAUAAAAAAAGGGUCAUCAUACAUGAUCAACACUUAGAAUAUAUAAUAAAUUCCUAUCACGACCAAAUUGAAGUGGAUGGCCAAAGCGAACAAAACGAAACGGAAGAAAGAGACGGGAGAGAAGGACGAAAUUAUGGGGAUGAGCCAAAUUGCAAACUUAUCGAAACAUACUUGGAUAUAUUUGAAAAACAUCUAAAUGCUUUAGAUAUAAUAAAAUUUUUAAAUAAAGAAACAAAUAAUGACGAAAAUAAAUUAAAUAUAAACAUCGAUAUUAUUAUUAAUUCUAAAAAUAAUAUGAAAAAAAGCAUAUUAAAUAUAUUUAAAAUAUUUAAAUAUAUAAUAUUAUAUACUAAUUAUAAAGAUGAUAAUUUUACCAAAAAUUGUUUACAAGUAUAUUAUAACCUGUUUAAUUCUUUACACAUACAUAUAUUUUUUUUUAUUCUAUUUUAUAUCAUAUUAUUUUAUUCAAAUGACUUCAAAUAUUUAUAUUUAUUUAUCAAGUAUUAUGAUGAUCAUUAUCCUAAUUUAAAAAAUGUUUCCAAUUAUUCGAAGAUUAUAACUUAUUUAAUUUCAAACAAAGCCAAAACUAUAACUAUAUAUCAUAAUUUUUAUGAUUUUUAUAAUUUUUUGAAAAAAAUUACAUCCCACACAGAUAUCUUUAAUCAUGUUGCCAAACUUAAGGAAAUUGUUUUAUGCUUCAAAACUAUGUUAUACAUACAAAGGCUUUUAAAUGAAAAUUGUAAAAAUUAUGAAAAUGAUGAAAAUGAUGAAAAUGAUGAAAAUGAUGCAAAUUAUGAAAAUUAUGAAAAUGAAGAUGAUGAUAAAAAUGAUGCAAAAUUUAGAACCUCUUCUAGAUGCACAAAAAAAAUAAAUAAUCAAACAAAAUAUAAUGAAAAUAUUUAUUACUCCUUUUCAAAGCUAAUUGUAGAUCCAUAUGAAAAAUCUGACAUUCCAAAAAAAUUUAAUUCAUUAAAUAAUGUUGAUAAUGUUAAAUUUGAUUAUAAAAAUAUUAACAGUGUUAAGAAAUAUAUAAUUUAUGAUAAUUAUAUAAAUAUACAGACAGAAAAAAAUAAAUUCAAAAUAUUUAAAAAUGUUAUUGAAUAUAAUUUAGAUAUAUGUUAUAAUUAUAAAAAAAUAAUUAAGCUAAUAAAAAUUUUGAAAAUAAAAAAAUCUGAACAACUUUUGGAUUCUAUUUUAUUUGUUCUAAGUAUUAUAAUUUCUCAAAUAGAAUAUGAAAAUAAUCAAAUUCAAAAAAAUAUAUUUAAAACUAAUUUUAAGACAAAUAAUAUUAAAAAUGAAUCUAUAGUUACCUUUUAUUUGAUUCUAUUUGUGAUAUUUUCUAAAAAUCAUAAAUUAAAAAAAUAUAAAACAUGUAUUCAAAAUAUUAUCAAAUAUUAUACAAUACUUAUUCCACAUCAUCCUCAAUAUCUAUAUAAUUUAUCUCUUUUUUUUUCAUCCUAUUUAUGCAUAGAUUAUACAUUUCUCUUAAAUAAUAUACACAAAUAUGUUUUUAAAAAAAAUAAAUUUGCAUCUACUCUUAAUCAUGCAAACGUAGCAAUAAACGAUUCAAAUGACACCUUUUCUAAUUUUACAACAAUUCAUGAUCUAUUUCAAGAAACAUCAUUUAAAAAAAAUAAAGAAUUUUCAUUUUCGCCUCAAAAUUAUAAAAACCCUGAUCCACCAAUUUAUACCACUUUUAAUUUUUCUGACAAUGAACUUGGUGAAAAAGCAGAAGAAAUCGACAUUUCAUUUUUCGAAUCUACAUUUUUUGAUAACAUAAUAAAUGAAGGUCUAUAUAAACAUGAUGACAUAUCUAGCGAUUUUGAAAAAUCCGAAAAAAAAAAAACGCAAUCUGUUUCUAGCUUAUUCUUCCGUAAUGAAGUUGACACUAAAAGGGAAACGAUUUUUAAUUCUGAAUGUAUGAGCAGUCCAGAUUACAUGCACAAGUCAGAAUGUGUGCACAAGUCAGAAUGUGUGCACAAGUCAGAAUGUAUGCACAAGUCAGAAUGUGUGCACAAGUCAGAAUGUGUGCACAAGUCAGAUAUGGAAGAGGAUGACCAAGAUAUAACAAGCACUGAUGAUACAUCGCAAGAAAGCGAAUCUGACAAAAAUAAAUACAAAGAAGAUAGCGACAAUGAAGAUAAUUUGAAUCACUUAAAAAUUAACUAUUAUAAAAAAUCACUAAAUAUGGAUAAUUUUGAAAAAAACAAAAUAGAUACACAAAAUGACCAAAUUGAUUAUAUAAACAAGAGUGAAGCAAACUAUUUUGUAGAGAAUAAAAAAUAUAAAAAAAUAUUUAUUAAUAACAUUUUAGUGAAUAAGAUAAAAAAAUAUAAUAUUUCAAAAUCGAAAACAAAUUAUAUAAUUAAAACUGUUAAUAAUAUUAAACACAUUUUAAAAAAGACAAAAAUAGAAAAUAUGAAUCAAGAUUAUAACGAAACAUUUGUUGAAAAUUUCCAUUUUUAUAUAGAUCAAGAUAAAAAAGAAAAUUAUAAAAUUAAUAAAAAAUAUUAUUUUUAUAAAUCUUUAUUUUAUAAUAAUUUAGAUGUCGCUUUUCUUUAUUUACUUCAGAUUCAAGAUGAUAUAUUUAUUUACAAUUUUUUUAAACACAUUUUGCAAAAUAAUAGCAUUUUAAUAAUUAAAAAAAUAUCUAUUAUAGAUGCAUUUAUUCGUAGUGUUUAUCGAGUAAAAAAAAGUAACGAAACAAAUAUUUUUUUAAAAAAGUUGUUAAUUUCAGUUUCUAUUAUUAGAUAUUUAUUAUUCCAUUUAUAUAUAAAUAAAAUAAAUAAAAUUGAUAUUAAAAAAUUAUAUUUUGAGGAUAAUUAUAAAAAAAUUAUUGUUAAAAGAUUAUAUAAAAAUAAAAGUGAACAUAUUUUAGAACUAAUAAUCAAAAUUGUAGACAUGUUUAAAAUUAAUUUAGAACAAAUCAAAUAUAAUUUUUUUAUACAAAAUAAAUAUAUAAUAUGCAAAAUAUAUAAUCAAGUUUCAUCUUUUUUAAAUAACCAAUUAACUUAUCAAUAUCAACAAAAUAAAAUGAGUCAUAUAGAUAAAGAUAAAAAUAUUUCACUUAUUUCCAAACAGUCUAAUAAUAAAUUUCAGUAUAUAUUUGAGAUAGAAGUAGAAAAAGAAAUUAUGAAUGAAAUAAAAAAACAAAAUUCAAAUCAUUUUUUACUUUUAUAUAUUUUGAAAAAGUUUCAACAUUUAAGUUUUAACGUUGAUUUUAUUUUUAAAAUGCUAUUAUAUAUAUAUCAAAUAUGUUUAUAUUAUAUAUGCCCAGCAAUAUAUUUUAUCGUUUUAUCUUCUUUUCAUGUUAUCUUUGAUAAAUCAUUAUCUUAUAUCCAUCAGCAUCUUUCCAAUUUUCCAAAAAAAAAAUUAAUAUCUACAAUGGUUAAUAUUAGAACAGUUUUUUUUUAUUUUAAAAAUAAUUUAAAUUAUAAUAUUGUCUUAAAUAAUAGCUUAACUCAAAUAGAUUCUGAUCAAAACAUAUUCUCCAUCAUAUAUCCUCAAAUCGCAUCUAAAAUAGAACCCACUGCACAAGAACAAGAACAAGACCACUUCAAUAAUAAUAUGACUUUGUUAUAUCUUUGGAACUUUUUGUCAAACUUCGACUCUGAAAUAAGCAGCGCAGAUUUCGACUCCCCACCUCAGCGCUUCACAUUUUCGAUCACUCCAAAAUUAAAGGGAAGUGAAAAAGAUGGAAAAAGUGAAAAAAAUGAAAAUAGUGAAAAUUGUCAAAAUUGUCAAAGUGGUCAAAGUGGUCAAAAUUUUCAAAAUUGUCAAGGUGGUCAAAAUUGUCAAGGUGGUGAAGACCCCCCCAAACGAGACCAUUUUAGCUUUCUACUAAACAAGACUAACAUUUCACCUUAUUUAUACGAUUUAGAUUUUUUAAUAAAAUAUUUGGGAAUUAAUUUUUAUCCCCAUAUUUAUAUGCACAUGCCAGACUAUGAUAAAAUAAAAAAUAUGAUUAACAUAAAUGAAAAAGAAUAUUUAAAAUAUUAUUUAUUUUUAUCUAUUUUAGAAGAAAAUGAAAUAAACCCUAAAAUGUGUAAACAACUUAAUAUGUAUUCUAUCCUAACUACUAAUGAUAUAUAUAAAUAUUUUUAUUCUAAUAAAAAAUACAUAAACAUAUUUAUUGAUUUUUUUAUUUAUUAUAAUAUUAUAUUUAAAUUUGACCAAAUAAAUAAUGAAGAAUGCCACAAAUUUUUUGAAAAUAUUUUAUUUCAAAAUUUUGAAUCUAUUAAAAAUCGUAUAAAAUUGAGAUAUACAAAAUGGAUGUUUUUAGAUAAAUAUAAAUUAAAUAAAUUUUUUAUUUUUUAUAAUUUUAUACAUAAUUAUAAUAUAUAUAAUCAAAAAGCUUUUCAUAAAUUAAUUGUAGACAAUAUAUAUGAAGUUGAUAUUUUAUUAUUAAUUUUUUUUUCUAUUCAAAAUAAUCUUAAAAUAGUUAAAUAUGUUAUUUUUAAAAUUAUUAUUAUUAUCUUUUUUAAAAAUAUAAAAAUAGAUCAACUAACUUUGCAAAACCUUAUAUUAUCUAUUUCUUUACAUCUAGAAAAAUAUCAACAAACAUGUAAUAACAACACCUUGCCAGAAUUUCUGACUCGAAACGGUGAAGAGGACGCACAAAAUGUGAACGAAAAAAACAAUUUGAUACAAAAUGAGCACGGCGAAUCUUUUAAUAAAGACAUAUACAUAGAUCCGAGAAUGUGUGACAUGUGCGAUGUAGAAAAUGACAGCUCCGAUGAGCUAGCUGAUAUCGACUUGGACAAAAAUGAUAAUUAUUUUUCUGAAAAUAUAAUAAAUGAUAUGUCAAAAAUAGCAGAAGCAAAUAAUUUAUUUUCCCAAAAUUCGAACGAAAUAAAACCUAAAUUAAAUCAAGAACAAAUAAAAUUUUUUUUGGAAAAAAAUCAAAAUAAUAAAAUAGAAGAUAUACAAAUAAAUACAGAAAUAUUAACAAAAUUUUGUCUAAAAUAUAUAAAUUUAAAAUAUAUAAUUAAAAAAUGGAUGAGAGAUGAAUUAAAAAGCAUAUUAUUUAUUUCACUUGAUCAAAAUAGUAACAUUACAAGUUUGUUCAAUAAAUCAAAACAAAUUUAUUAUGCUUUAUCCAAAAUAAAUAGCAAAAAUAUUUUCUAUUAUCUAAAAGAGAUGAUACAUCUAAUUUUGAAAACAAAUCGAAAAAAUUCAUCCAAACAAAUAUAUCAAAGACGUGUAUAUCAAUUUUAUCAUUUUUUUAUAAUUAUACAAACUAUAAAUUAUCUUAAAAUUAUUAAAAAUGACGAAAAUGUAGAUAAUUAUAUUCAAAUAGAAAACGAAAUAAACAAUAUUGAUACUAAAAAAACAAUAAUAAAAAGUUUAUUUUUUAUUCUUUUAAUAAAAAUUGUAAAUAUUUAUUUGCCAAGUCUUAACAAACUAUUUUUUAUUCAUGAAGAAAAUUAUUUAUGUUAUGAUAAAAAAAAAAAAAAUAUAAAAUUAAAAUGUGAUAUAAAAAAUUUUAUUUUUAUUUUAUUUAAUUUUAUACAAACAACUUAUUCUAAAGGAUAUGAAUUUAUUUAUAUCAGUUUAUUAUUCCUAAUAGAAUAUUGUAUAAAUUUAAUGACAAAAAAUGAAGAAAUAUAUAACAAUCCUACAUUUUCCCAUAUCUUUAUUUAUAAAAAGGUUCAAAAUGUUGUAAAUAAAUAUACACAAAAUUACAUUUUAAAAAAUGAACAAAACAAUGAUAAACAUAAUGAUGACAUCGCCUUACAUUUUAUUGAUAAUGAAUCUUACUUAAAAAUAAAAAAUGAAUUAAGCAAAAUAUAUUUAAAAAUUCUAUCAAAUUGUGAAAAAUAUAUGCUACUUGUGUGUAAAAUUAUCAUAGGAAAUCGAAUAAAUAUACAUGAUGAAAAUAUUUUAUUAAAAAAUUCAAACAUAGACAUACUUUAUUUUUUUACUUGUAAUUAUUCUCAUAUAAAAAAAAAUAAACAAAAUAUUUUAUCGUCUCAAGAUAAUAAAAAAAAAAAAAAAAAAAUUAAUUUUUUUCAAAAUAAAAAUCAAACACAAAAUACAAUCCCAAUUGAUAUAUUUAAUAAAAAUAUUUAUAAAUUUAUUCAAAUUCUUUUAGUUAUAAUUAAUUAUAAUAUUGUCUCUUUUAAAGAUUGGGAAUAUUAUGAAACCAUCAAACAAAUCAUUUCAGAUAAAGAGUGGUAUAAAAUAUUUGAAACACAAACAGAUAAUAAAAAAUAUAGUUCAAUUUCAUUUCUUUGUUAUUUACAAAAUUAUAAAUCUAAUAUUACUCAAUCUUAUUUAGAAGGUUUUAAUAAUUCAUCAUUUUCUGAAACUAGUUCAAAUAAUUUUGAUAAAACCUUAAAAUAUUUUUUUCAACCCAAAAAUAUUUUAUCUAAUAAUUUUAAAAAUGACUCUCUUAAAUUUAAUGAUUCUGAUUCCAAUAUUCUCUCCAACGGAUACAAAAAAGAAACUUUACCAGCCACUUCUAAUACGCAGCAUAGCAUAACCGACGUAGAACCCAAACAGAAUCAACCUGCAAAGAAUGAUGAGCAUGAUGAGAAUGUCGAGAAUGUCGAGCAUGAUGAGCAUGUCGAGCAUGAUGAGAACCAUCAAAAUUGCCAACAUUACCAAAGUGAAGAGAGUGGCGAUGGCGAAUUCGAAUUUAACAGUUCCCUGAAAACAGAUGCAGUCUUAAAUAAAUAUGGAAAAGGCUUUUUAUCAUCUUAUUUGAAUAUAUUAGAUACAAAUAAAAGAUCUCAAAAAGAUAUUAAACAUAUUUAUAAAAAAUCGAAAAUGAUAAAUUUACUAAAAUAUUCAUUACACAUACUAGACUAUUGGAGCAUUGACAUUGCAGAUAAUGAUUCACAACAUGAUGAAGAAAGUGAGAAAAAACGAAAAGGCAGAUGCAACAAAAUUAACCACAAUUAUCAAAAUAAUUUAUUUAAAAAAAGUACCGAAUUAAAAGCAGAAGGAAAAGAAGAAAGCUUACAAUUAUUAAUUUUUUUUGCUAACUAUUUUUAUUUUUUUCAAAACUAUAUACAAUAUAAAAUAAUUUUAAAAAUGUAUAUAAAUAAAAAUUUAUCAGAAGCAAAUGAAUUAUUUUUUAAUAAAGGUCGAAUGUGGAAUUGGUAUCUUAAUGAGACAAAAAUAAAAAAUAUGAUUAGAAAUUAUCUAAUUAAUAAUAUACAUUAUACUAAUUUAUAUAAUUCUAAAACAAAUGAUGAAUUUUUAAAUUUAAUAAAUAAAACUAAUUAUAAAUAUACACAUAUUUCAAACACAUCUAUUCAAAUAUCAGAAAAAGAAUCACUUUUAAAAGAUAAUAACAAUUUAUUAGAUCAUACUUAUGAUUGUUUUUAUUUAAAAAAUUAUCAUUUAAAUAAAUUUAAUAAACACUUUAUCAGAAGCUUACAAAUUCAAUAUUAUUUAUUUGCAAAAUAUACUGCAUCAGAUAUUAAUAUGUCUCAAAAUGGCCAUAGCGAAAUAAAAAGCGGUUCUAGCGAAAUAAAAAGCGGUUCUAGCGAAAUAAAAAGCGGUUCUAACGAAAUAAAAAGCGGUUCUAGCGAAAAGUGUAACGACUUCCCCAUAUUUUUACUUAACAUAUUAGAUAUAUACAAAAACACAACUGAUGUUUACGAUUUUUAUUACCAACUUAUUAUUCACAAAUUAAAAGAUGAUGAUAAAUUAAACCUUAAAAAAAUACAAAAUUAUUGGAAUAAUUUACAAAUAUAUUUUAAAAAUAAAAUUAAUAAUUAUGAUUUAUAUUUGAUGCUUUUUUAUUAUCAAUAUUUUACUUUUCAGUCAAUUCAAAAUUUUAAUUCAUCUAUUUCAUAUUUGCCAAAAAAUGAACAAAAAUUUAUUUUAUAUAUGUGGAUCUAUUCUACUCAAAAUUUAGAAAAAAAAUACAGGGAAUCAUAA